AACUCUUGAUCAAAAUCUCUACUUUCUAGAUUAACACCAACCACAAACUCCUCUCUCUGUUCUUUUUCUUCUGGGUUUUCGAUUCUCAAUGCUUUUUGGUCCUAGACUCAUAUACUCAGAUACUGGAUUUCUUCUAGUUUUGUUCCCUUUUUCAACUCUGGAUUAACAAUCAGUGAUCUUUUGGGCAUUCCAAACUUCUGCGAGUAUGGCUCAUGAAUAUCCUCGCAGUUCAGGCUUUGAGCAGAGUUAUCGUUGUUACCCUGUCUCGUUCAUCGACAAGCAACAUCUGGAAAAGGGUGAUAAAAACGCAUGAUAGUAUCCAAUACUUGUUUGGUUUCUUUUUCCUUCCAGUUAUAAUGCCUCCCUCAGCUCUCGAUCGCCUCGCAUCUAUGCACGUGGACUACCCUAUGUUGUUUGAACUUAACAAUGCUACUGCUGGACGAGUUACUCAUUGUGGGGUCUUGGAAUUUGUUGCUGAUGAGGGCCUCAUAUAUGUACCAUACUGGAUGAUGGAGAACAUGCUCCUACAAGAGGGAGACAUUGUUCAAGUGAAGAACAAAAGCCUGGUAAAGGGAACCUAUGUGAAGUUGCAGCCCCACACCAAGGACUUCCUUGAUAUUUCAAACCCCAAAGCCAUUUUGGAGACUACAUUGAGGAGCUACUCUUGUUUAACCACUGGUGACACUAUCAUGGUUCCUUAUAACAAUAAGAAGUAUUACAUUAACAUAGUUGAAGCAAAACCCUCAUCUGCAAUCAGUAUCAUUGAGACAGACUGUGAGGUUGAUUUUGCCCCUCCUCUUGAUUACGUGGAACCUGAAAAACCAACUCCGUCAACGUCAUCUACUUUGCCAAAGAAGAGACCACAAGAAGCUGAAGAAGAACCAGUUCAAAAGGUUGCAAGAUUCAAUCCAUUUACAGGUUCAGCAAGGCGAUUGGAUGGAAAGCCUUCGACGGAAUCAGUUGCACCAGUUUCCUCUCCCAUACUUAAGCAGCACCAACUGGAGGGUGAAAACGGAGCCAAGGAUUCCAAGCCAUCAACUUCUGCUUCACGCCAACGUUCUGGAAAGCUUGUGUUUGGUUCAAAUUCCAACCAGCCCACAAAGGAAGCCCCAAAAGCUGCUCCAAAGAAACAAGAGUCAUCUGAGAAGGCAGAAGAGGAAAAAGAGACAAAGUUCCAAGCAUUCACAGGGAAGAAGUAUUCUCUGAAAGGGUGAGGUUAGGCAUUAGCCUUCAUCCCAAAAGAAAAAAAAAAUGCGGGCUAAAUGAAGGCAUUUCUUCCAUCUAUUCUUUUUCAGGAGACAAAAAGGUCAAGUGAUUUUGGCAGUUGAAGGACCAAACGCAGAAUGUUCCUGCACAUCUUCUUUUGACAUUAUGUAGAUAUCCAUCCUGUAAUUUUUUAAGUAGAACUUUGUUUAUAAUUUAUGAUUUAGAUUAUAUUUAUUUUCUACAAUCAUCCACUGCAAUUUUAUGCUCAUUGUCUAUUAUUUGAAAUUACAUCCA